AUGGCAAAGAGAAAGGAAACACAACCAAAGAAAACUCAAUCAGAAGAGAUUGAUGUUGAUAGUAUAGAGCAACCACAUCAACCAGCAGCUGCAACUUUAAAGAAUCAAAAGAAACAACAACCAGCAGCAGUAAUCAUUGUCAAACAAGAAAAGGAAGAAAGUGAUAUUGAACCACAACAAGAAGAGGAAGAAGAGGAUCAAGAACAAGAAGAACAAGAAGAGAUUCAAGUUAAACAAGAAGAUGAAGAUAAUGAGGAAGACGGAGAGGAAGAAGAAGAAGAUGUAGAUAGUGAAUAUUUUAAAUCAAUUGAAACAAAGUUAAACAAGUUACAACGUCAAACUGAAGAAUAUAAUGAAAACAAAUCAAAGAUUCUUCAAACCAUUAGUUUGGGUCAAAAGUUCUUGGCCAAGAUGAUUGCCAAUAUGGACACUAGCCUCUUUGAAAAGUUAUCAAGAAACAAUAUCAAAUCCAAAUACCUAGAAGCCAUUUCAAAUAUUACUCAUCCAAUUCGUGAUUAUUUAUUUACUCCUCCUGCUUUUAAUCAUUUUUAUUCUUUAUUAACAAUUAAACUUUCAAACAAGAAUAAAACAUUGUCAAAAGAAGAAGAAUCAAAUGAAAAAUUACAAAAGAAACAAGAAGAAUCCUAUGAAUUGAAUAGAAACAAUGAAAAUUUGCAAAAGAACUUUGUCAAUUAUCUCUAUGUCAAUUGUCGUGGUGGUGAAGAUAUGAUGGACAUUAUCAUCAAUGGACACAAAUCAAAGAAUAAUGAAAAGAAUCCACUCUUUGUUCAAUCAUUCUUUUCUGACAGUCUCACUUGUAAUCCAUCCAAACAAACCAUUCAAUACCUAAACAAUGGAAAAGAUAUUUUAUCUUCACUUCAAUCAAUUAAUCAUUUAUCAAGUGCAACAAACAAAUAUUUAAUUCAAGUUAAUUUAUUAUUGGCAAAGAUUGAUUUUAGUGGUAGUGUUAAAUUGGAUUUAGAAUAUUUACAAAAGGUUUAUCAUGAAUUGAAUAGAUACUUGGUACUUUCUAUUUUACCAGCUUUAAAGCAUCAAAAGAAAUCAGUUGAAUAUGUUGAUCUUGCAUCAUCACUCUUAAAGUUUGCCAUUGUACUUGGAUUAAACAAGGAACGUGAUUAUACCUAUAUCAUGUUACUACUUGGCCAACAACAAGAUUUACUACUUGGUAAACUUGUAAGAUUAAUUUCAUCUUUUGAUUUUUCCAUUUCAACUUUUAUCAACAAGGACAAUAAUAACAAAGAUAAUAAUAAUAAUGAUAUAAUGAUUAGAAUUUUGAACAAGUUUUAUGAUUUGGCAUUAUUAAAACCAUCAACUCAAUUGGUUAGUUAUUUACAAGCAAGAUUAAUAUUUUCACGUGGUAUUGUCUAUGUCACUGCCAAGGCUCCACAACAUCAACUCGUUGCACGUCUCAAGAUUGCUUUGGUCUCGAUCACUCCACCAACUGAAUUGGUUCAAUAUUUGACAAAUAAUCCAACCCUUGUUGGAGGAGGUAUCACUGCCGCCACCAAACCAAAUGAUAUCAUUCAAUCUAUUAGACAAUUGACCGUCGAAAAGGUCAUUGCCAUUAUCAAUCAACAUCAAGAAGACUCUAAAAAGAGAAAAUCAAUAGAUGAAGAAGGUAUUAAACAAGAAGGAGAAGAAGAUGAAGAAGAAGGAGAAGGAGAGGAAGAAGAACAAGAAGAAGAGGAAACUGCUGGAUUUGUAAUUGAUGCAUCUGGUAAAAAUAAUAAUAAUAAUAAGAAAAAUACCAAUUCCCAAUCAACAGCCGCAGUUGCCGAAACAUCAACUCAAUCUUCAAACAAAUUGGCUUCUUUACUAGCUGAUUUUAGUGAUAGUGAAGAUGAACAAGAUGAUGAUUAA